AUGGUGUCGAUUGAACAAGUAGAAUCACCGGCGGCCGGUAAAACUUCGACGGCGGCAGAAGCACCGUCUGGUUACGUGUCGGAUGGAUACGAGACUGCGAGCGAUUCGGAACUGAAUGGAGCCGAGAAUGGAAGUAAUAGGGAAUCUGAGAACACGAUCAAUACAGCGUCGUCUUCAUCUGAUGGAGAUUUUUUGAAGGAGAAGACGCAGGAGCAGCAGCCUGAAGUAAAUCAGGAACAGUUGAAUGAGAAAGCAUUGGCUCAAGCAAAUGAUGCGAAAGUUGAAGGCAAUGCAUUGUUUAAGGAUGGGCUUUAUGAAGAGGCAUUGUCGAAAUAUGAGCUAGCUUUGCAAGUCGCAGCAGAUAUUCCUUCAAGUACUGAAAUUCGUUCAAUAUGCCAUGCUAAUCGAGCAGCUUGUUUCACCAAACUGGGGAAACAUGAGGAGACGAUCAAGGAAUGCACAAAAGCAUUAGAACUAAAUCCUACAUAUAUAAAGGCUCUGGUUAGAAGAGCAGAGGCACAUGAAAAGCUUGAACACUUUGAAGAGGCCAUUACUGACAUGACAAAAAUCUUGGAAUUGGAACCCUCACAUGACCAAGCUAGGAGAACUGUGAUACGUUUAAAGCCAUUAGCUGAUGAGAAGCGAGAAAAGAUGAAAGAGGAGAUGAUUGGCAAGCUCAAAGAAAUGGGAAAUUCCAUUUUGGGUCGAUUUGGUAUGAGCGUUGACAACUUCAAAACAGUUAAAGACCCAAACACCGGUUCCUACUCUGUUCAAUUUCAGAAGUGA